AUGGAAGAACCGUACAGUGCUUCCUGGCUUCUCAGCUUGGAUAGGCUUCACCCACAAGAUGAAAUCCCGUUGAAAAUCAAAGGAGGCAGUGGGCGAGAUGGCCCAACCGCUAACGGUACCCGCAUCGCUACAUACGGCGAGCGUUUCCUCACCAUUGACCUCGGAUUGCGACGUGUGUUCAAGUGGAUCUUCUUUUUGGCCGACGUCCCAACACCCAUCAUUGAUGCAGGCUACCUGACCCACUAUAACUAA